UGAGGUUAGGUUAGCUCUCUUAUUUCAUUAGAAAUGUUCGCAUGCCAGCGUGCGUAAUCUGAUAAUGUUUGAUUUACUUCAAUUUUAUAGUUUUUAAAAUGAUAGGACGCUACCGACAACUAGUUAGGCUAAUAAAUAAAAAUAUCAACAAGUAUGCGGUAUUUCAUCACGCAAAGGAAAUUGUUGAAAGUACCUCAGAAAAAGCGCAAAACAAGUUUUCCAGUGUACAAAAUGUUGCAGCUGAGAAAUAUAAUAUCAUUGCAAAAAAAGUUAAUGAACAGGCUGUCAUUAUACAAGAUUUAAAUGCCAAGGCAUUGAAGCCAAGCACAGACUUGCCAGGAAAAAUUGUUAAGUGGUGGUCAUGGUAUAAUCAAAUAACAGGAUUAGAUGCAGUGGAAGCUGCUAAAAGACAAGUAAUUGUCCUUCAAGAUAAAUUGUUCCUGUGUCAGGACAAUAGAAGGAUCUUGAACAGAAACCUAACAGAUGUUUCUCAUAAAUUGCAAACACUCUAUGCUGAAUUAGUUCAGACAAAGAGAGAUGAUCCUAAAUUUGUCCAUUUGACGAUAAUGGAGAACAAGAAUUUGCAAGAGCAAAAUAAAAUUAUUGAGAAGCUCACUUUAUCAGAAAAAGAAGAGAGUGAUCAUUUUACACAGUUAGCUACUGCUAUCAAAGAAUAUCAUGAUAGUCAAAAUUUAAAUGCACAGAAAUUUAAAUAUUUAUCUAUUCUUGCAUCUGCUAUAAUAGCAAUUGUAUCGUUAGUUGGUUCAAUUAUACUUAAUAAUAAAAGGAUACUAGAUGUAAGAAAUACCAUAAAGGAAGCACAGGAGAAGAAUGAAUCAUUAGUUCAAAAAAACACAAAUGAAGUGUCUGAACUUAAAAAAAUAUUGCUUUCAUUUGAUACAAAGCUUUCUAAUCAAUAUGCAAAUACCAAAGAAAAGGAGAAUGAUAAUAAAUCUAAUUCAUCUAAUAUUCUUGUGGAUUCUGCCAAGUAUUCAGCAUAUUUAUUAAUUUCAGGAGCAAGUUAUAUUAAAAAAGGUAUUUAUGCAUGUGGAUCAUAUAUCUUUUACAAAUAACAAAUACUUAUUAAAAAUGUACAAUUGUUCACACAACAGUUAGAUUUACUUGUAUAAAAAUCUUUUUUUUUCCUAAUAAAAGUGAUACAUAUUUUUUAUUAAAU